GUGCGGAUUAGUUUGAUGAAUUUGUGGCUAAAAUCGGCUUUUAGAUCCGCUGCGGAGAACACUCCCAGCGACCUACCGUUCAUGUCGGCCACCUCGUAGGAACUAUUACCCUUCCUAGCGACGAUGACGCACGGCUUAUACUGUGGGCCUAACUUCGCGUUGAAGUUUUUACCAGCUUCGGACAGAGCGAAACUACGCUUGAAAACUCGCUGUCCGACAGUAAAUGUAGCUUCGUCGAUCGCAUCGAUAUGUUGAGAUACCGUAGGACGGAUCCCGAAAGCCUGCCAGAAAUCGUAGCCGAGAAUGCAGCGACGACUCAAGUUUGGAGCGACCAGAACUGGUAUCGUGUUCACAUUGGCUGCCAGCAUUGCGAUCCUACAGUCUUCACGCGUGUUCCGGAAAAGGACGUCAAACUUUCGCUUUUCGUCCCAAGGGCUCGACAUGCUGCGGAAGAUCCGGACCAUGUCCAAGUAAAAGUCCUGGAACUUCUCUCUGGGACCCUGCUUCCGGCUAUUCGCCUGCCGUUCAUAGACAUAGUCAAUGUCGACCGAUGGCUACGCAGUGUCCGCUCAGCUGCGCUACGAGAGACGUCCAGAGGAAUGUCCCUGAUUUUCAUCUCGUGCUCCAGCUCAUCGAGGGUGAGAUGCCCAGGAUUCAUCGCGUGGUACCACGCCACGAACUGGGGCAUAGCCAUCUCCUGUGCCAUUCAACUAAGAAAAUCAGAAUAAAAU